CUCGAGCGCGCGCGCGCACGCGAGCAGCAGGAACACCCAUCAACAGAUCCGGAUCUGACACGAGGACUGAGGAACUUCAGCAGUUGUGCAGCUGUGAGCUGGAGGCAGUCUGAUGCAGGAAUAAAAUCACCCAGCAAUGCAAGGGAGAAAGGGAUAAAAAAGUAACUGCGCGACUGCUUCACAGCACAACUUCCACGUCCGCGCUGAAGAUGAGGGCAGCGCAACACCAAAGGGCUUGAAACGGAGCUCAUCCAUAAUGACCACCAUGAGCCGGUAGACCGUGAAUCUGUGGAGUGCACAGCCACGCACAGUAGAGAUGUACCAAGAGGUGGCUUUCCUAGCAGGCAGCACCGAUCAUCAGUUUACCUCCUUCCACUUUAACCCUUUGGAGAACCCGCAUGAAAUCAGCAGCAAAAAGGGUGUGUUUUACAAACGUGCACAACUGCAGUUGAAGCCCGGCGUACAGGAGGACGAGGCGCACCGGAAUCGAGGAGCUGGAGCGGACGAAGGUGCUUUAGUUGCUAUCAUCAAUGUGGGCGGCAUCCGUUAUCGCAUACCGUGGUCCACUCUUGAGGAGUUCCCAUUGACGCGUUUGGGGAAGUUACGCAGCUGCAGCAAUGCAGAGGAAAUACUCGACUUGUGUGAUGACUAUGAUGCAUGCUGCAACGAGUUUUUCUUCGACCGAAGCCCCAGCGCCUUCCGCUCCAUCGUCUCGUUCCUGGCGGCAGGGAAGCUUCGUCUGCUGCGGGAGAUGUGCGCGCUCUCCUUUCAGGAGGAACUGAUGUAUUGGGGUGUGGAGGAGGCCAGUCUGGAGUGGUGCUGCUUGAGGAAGCUCCGUCUUCGGCAGGAGGAGCAGCGAGAGAGACUCCGGCUGGAGGAGGAGGAGGCUGAGCUGACCUCGCCCCAGUCCUGUGAGGAGGCGCCCGGAGUCGGGAGCCCAGAGGAGGAGCGUCUGGACGGUUGCAUGCACAGCCUCAGAGACAUGGUGGAGAACCCUCACUCCGGGAUCCCUGGGAAGAUUUUCGCCUGCCUCUCAGUGGUCUUUGUGGCCAUUACGGCAGUUACACUGUGUGUCAGCACCAUGCCUGACCUGAGGGAGGAGGAGGAGAGGGGGGAGUGCUCCCAGAGGUGCUACAACAUCUUUGUGCUGGAAACAGUGUGUGUGGGCUGGUUCUCCCUGGAGUUCCUCCUCCGUUUCAUCCAGACGCAGAGCAAGUGUGUGUUCUUGCGCACACCCCUCAACAUCAUCGACGUGGUGGCCAUCCUGCCCUAUUACAUCACAUUGAUAGUGGACUCGCUGUCUGUGAGCGACCGUCCCGCCGGCUCAGGAAACAACUACCUGGAGAAGGUGGGAUUAGUCCUGCGAGUUCUUCGAGCACUGCGCAUCUUCUACGUGAUGCGUUUAGCACGUCACUCGCUGGGGCUGCAGACGCUUGGCUUGACCGUACGCCGCUGCACUCGAGAGUUCGGACUGCUCCUGCUGUUCCUGUGCGUGGCCAUGGCACUGUUCUCUCCGCUGGUCUUCCUGGCGGAGAGCGAGAUGGGCGCCAAGCAGGAGUUCACCAGCAUCCCUGGGAGCUACUGGUGGGCCGUCAUUUCGAUGACGACGGUUGGAUACGGUGACAUGGUUCCUCGCAGCAUUCCUGGCCAGGUGGUGGCGCUCAGCAGCAUCCUGAGUGGAAUCCUGCUCAUGGCAUUCCCAGUCACAUCCAUAUUUCACACUUUUUCCCGGUCCUACCUGGAGCUUAAAGAGGAACAGUGUCGGGCCACACGGCACAAGCCCGAUUCACAAGACAGCACCAAGUCCCAAAACAGUGAGGAUUCCCAGGACACUGACAUUUCCAUACAUGGAAUAACAGAGAGCACCGCAGUCAGUGUGCAUCACCGCAGAUCUGUGGCUGUGACAGGUCAAGGAGCUCCACAGGUCAGGAGAUCACUAAAGUCAUAAUGCAAACAGCUGACUGUAAGACUGAAACCAUGUACAAAGACGUGCUACAGGUGAACGGCCAUUAAUAGUACCUGUAUUAUCAGGUGACUUAACAAUAAUAGACAGUGGGAGAGGGACAUUCAAAUGGACAGGUCGGUCUGCCCAAAAAAAGAGUUUGUUCAUCCUAAAAUGAAUGUUCUGCCAUUAACUAACCUUAUGUUGUUCCGAAUGUGAAUGUCUUUCUUUCUUCCGUCGAACACAAAUGGAAAUGUUUUGCAGAAUGCUAGUUGUUUCCAUAUAAAGAAAGUGAAUGGAGUCUGGAUCUUUAAACUCCAAAAACAGUUAUUUGCUUAUCUUCCCAUCUGUGUUAGCUCCUAAAUCUCAUUCUUGGUUGAGAAUUCAAAUGUGUCACACCAGGUUUGACAUUGUUGUUGCAUGUAUCAUAACUCAUAUUGUACUACACUUCUUCAAAUGGGAUUCGAACCAGCGUUAUCUGCCAUGGGUGGUGGGGACACUAACAAGGACGCUAAAGGCUGCAGCCUCUACCGCUGCGUGCCUCUCGAGGUUUGGAGAGUGAGAUAUACCUGCGCAGCUAUCUACCACCUGUCCAUCGUUACACCCACUGCCUAAACCUCGCUCCCAUCGGUCACGGCACCAAUGUAACUAGUUCUACUUGCACUGUUCCAAGAAGGAUUUGAACCAGUGUGAGCUGACUCAGGGAAGAAAGAGGCGGGAACCAGCAAACUUACCUUUAAUAACUAGAUAAAUAUAAACAACAAAACGAAAGUAAGCGCUCUCUUUUUGCAGUGUUGAAUAUUGUAGCCAAUCACAGACAUGAUUUCUGGUGUGUAAUGGCCAAUCAGAUACAUUUCAGUUAGUCAGAGUUCACUCACCGCUCAAAAUCCCAGAGUUUUUAUUCAGUCCCGGGUUCUGCAAACGCGUGAUUCCUCUCAUUAUUGUGAACAAAGUGUUGGCACAAUUUAAAUUAGAAAUUCGGCGAAUUGUGCUGUGUAGAGAGAUUCAUUGAUUAUAGUGGAAUGUUCUGACAUUGCGAUAAACUGAAGUGACAGCUUUUCAGUGAUUAAGGGAGCGCUCUUUGUGCGAUUUCUUUGCUAUAUAUAGUCCAUUCAGAAUUUGAAUAAAAGUUCUGUUUUUCAUGCUGCUAAGAGGACCAAAAGUGGUGCAAUGAUUGCCAUAGUGAUAAUCAUAAUAAUGGACAGGACAAAAUAUGAUAUGUCAAAAUAGUUAUAUUUUGCACCCUCAAAUACAGGUGCAUCUCAAUAAAUUAGAAUGUCGUAGAAAAGUUCAUUUAUUUCA